CACGAAGUACGCGCCACCACUCGCUCAAGGCGAUAAGGGCCAUUCAUCACCGGCGAGACCACGCUCUAAAGCACCACACCACGAGAGAGCUCGUCGUCGUCCACAACGGGGUAAACAUGGCGGCCUUACUCCACCAAGCGGCUCUCCCGGCCGCGAAACCACCCCACCCACGGGCGCUUAACCCGCCCACGCCCAGCCUCAGCCUCUCGCCGCUCUCCAGGCGACGACGCGCCGCCCGAACCGUCCGCUCGGCGGCCACGGACAGCAGCAUCGGCGCCGGCGCGGCGCCGUCCGAGAGGAAGGCCACCCGGAAGGAGAAGCAGCAGGAGCGGCGGCGGCAGCAGGACCUGCAGCACCGGCAGCAGCAGCUGCUGAUGAUGGAGGAAGCGUCGCUCGCGAAGCCCGACGGCAGCGGCCGCAGCACCGACAAGAACGACGGCGGCGGCGGCGGCGACGACGACGAGCUGCCGCAGCCAGUGUUCGACCGCAUCCUGCGCCGGAUCAUGUUCGCGGUGGGCGUGCCCAUGGCGUCGGGCGUGGCGCUGCUCAACGCGUACGACGCGCUCAAGCGCGGGCAGGGGGUGGACGUGCCGGCGUGGGUGCCGCUGCUGACCAUCCUCGUCGCCUUCGGCACGUCGGCGCUGGGCAUCGCCUACGGCACGCUGUCGGCGAGCUGGGACCCCGACAAGGAAGGCUCGCUGCUCGGCAUCGACGAGGCCAGGGCCAACUGGCCCGUGCUGUGGAAGGAGGAGAUCGACAAGGAGAAGGCCAAGGCCAAGCAGAGAAAGAAAUGACUGGCCUGGUCGCCUGGAAACACUGAAACACCGUGCACCUUGAUACUGAUCAUGUAAUAUUCAGUGUGGUAUAGUUUGAUCCUACCUUUCAGUAAACCAAAGGAAAUAAAUUGUAGUGGUCGAGUAAUCCACACUUUGCAAGCA